AUUUACGACGUAUUGGUUUAAAAGUUUUCGCCAUACAAUGAUCUACUUUUAUAAUUAUUUGAUAAAAAUACUCGUUAGUUUCAUUUCCAUAAGAAUAAUAGCAAUGUGUACAUUAGAUACAGAUUGUAUUUACGAUGGAAAAUGUAUUAAUGGAACAUGUAAAUGCGAUAAUCCAAUCUUGAAAGGUUCUUGUCAUUUAGGCUCAAAAUAUUUGAUUAUUCAAGAAGAAUGUUCUAUUGAAAGUUUAACCUACUUUAAGGCGUCUAAUUUGUCGGAUUGCAUUGAGAAUUGUACUUCAAACGACAAUUGUACAGCUGUUACUCUGCUUGUAAAUUUUAAUGUUCUUUUUUGUUUUUUAAAACAAAUUUGCUCAUUUCCUUUAUCACCUCCCUCAAAUUUGCCUGAUAGAAUAUAUACUGUUCUUUUUAAAGAUUCUGAACAAUCGUUAUGUGGACAUGAUGAUUUGAGUACAACCCAUAUAAGGGAAUGUAUUGAAUUUUUAUGGAAUAAGCAUACACAUUGCUCAUCAAAUGGAUUAGGAUUGACAGACAAUAUGAAUAAAUGGUUGGGAAAUAUGACUGUAUUUUCAAUUAAAGAAGAAAUGAUUGAAAUAAGUAAAAACUCAGUUCAUUUUUCAAAAGUAAACUCUCAAACAGCCAGUAAAGAAUUAUAUAGAAGUUUAUGCUACGGAAAUCUAUCGCCUGGAAGAUAUAAUAUAGCUUUUGGAAAGAAAAUACUUCAUAAUAUGGUUUCUAGUUCGUCCUCAACAAUUUACAACAUUAAUCAUCUAGUCGACGGAGUUACUAAUCCAAAUGCUAAUUUGGGCGGUUGUCUGCAAUUGUUUAAAUCAAAUUUACCGACUCUAUGGUUCGCUAUCGAUUUAAAAACAAAUUAUAUUGUAAGAAGAGUAAUUAUCUAUCCACAGAGUAAACAGAUAGGCGAUCUAGAAUUAAAAAUUACUGUCUUAGAAAAUGAACCUGUCGAUAGUAUCAAUCCAAAUCUAAUUGAUCCUUAUCAAAUCUGCACUCGAAACGUUACAAUUUCAUCGGAUUCCGAAAGAAAAACUAUUGAUUGUCAAGCUAAACUUUUACCAGCAAGAUAUACAGUCUUUUUCACAGAAUCUAUUGAUAAUCUAACAAUAUGCGAAGUGGAAAUAUUUACAAGUGAUUUAGCUUUGAAUGGACAAACUUUUACAUCUAGUGUAAAGAAUGAAGCUUACGGGGGUUUUGCCGUUCAAGACGCAACCAGUUCUAUUGGCUUUAAUUCAAGAGAUCAAGCGGAAAAUUGGUUUAGUGUACAUAUAGAUGGAAAAUAUAUUAUCUAUGGCCUAGAUAUAUUUGGAAUAGACUACAAAAAAUUAAAAAUAUACGUAAUUAAUAGAAAUUAUCUAUUGGAUAAAGAGACAAACGAUUCGGAAUUAUGUAAUAAUUUUAAAAAUGAAGGCUAUUUCGAAUAUUUAUUCUGUCAAUGUAAAAAUCAUUUAAUCGGCGAAUUUAUUGUAGCUAAAUCAAAAGCGUAUUUAAAUAUUAAAAAUCUACAAAUAUGGGGAUUAUUUCAAAAUGAUUCAAGUUUAGUUAAUAUUGCUUAUAAAAAACCUACUUGGCAAUCUUCAACAUAUAUUUAUUUCUUUUCAAAACCGUAUUACUCUUAUUACGCAACAGAUGGACAAAAUAAUGACAAGUUCUCCAGAACUUUGUUUUCUUUCAAUCAUCUGUGGUUUUGCGUUGAUUUAUUAUUAAUGUAUAGAAUUGAUUAUAUUGGAAUUCAAACAAUCACUUCUAACAACUACAAUAAAGUCUUUUCAUACAAAUUCAAGAUUAUAGAGAAAAAAUCAAGAAUAAACGUUAAUGAGAAACUUUUAAAUUCGGAUUGCUAUACAAAAGAUCAAGCUUCAACUGACGAAAUUGGUGAAACAGUGGUAUGGAAUUGUUCAUUUGCUAUUAAAUACGGUCGAUAUAUAUAUAUAGAUAGUUCAAGUCAAAUUAUAAUUAAUGAAUUAUACGCUUAUGGCAAACAACUAGAGGAAAAUUUACAAGUUUUAUCAAAAGUUUCAACUGUUGAUGUUACUUCUAACAAACAAUAUCACAGUUAUCAACAUUCGCCAUUAAAGAUUAUUGACGGCAAUUUCAAUAACAUAAUUCCUACUGAAUCGUGUACUCUUCUAACGGCGAAUGGAGAAAAAAUUUUAAAGGUAAAUCUCGAUAAUAAAUAUCACGUGACUCAAAUAGUUAUUCAACCUUUGUAUAAGCUUUAUUCAGACGUAUUCAAAAAUGUUGACGUAUACGUUAAAAAUGAUACUAAUAACUUGCAAGAACUAUGUAAAAAGAUAACGUUAUCUGGGUUGAUUCGUAAUCUUUUAAUAAUAGAUUGUGAAAGGCCUAUUUACGGAAAUCAAGUAAUACUAAUAAGGAAAGAUAAUACAAAACAUUUAUCAAUAUGCGAAAUAAAGAUAUACGAAAAAGUAUAUCUUAACGAUAAGGAAGAUCAGUAUAAUCGGAUGAAAAUUAUGAAAAAUACAAGAUUAAUAACAGACGGUUUUUGUUUAAUUAAUGAAAAAGUUACAAAUCUUAUUAAUUGUUUCUUAUUGUGUAAAAGAAAACAAUGUAUAACGUUCUCAUUUAAUCUAAUUCAACGUUUGUGCUGUUUAUCUUUAUAUACAGAGUUGAAUAGUUACUUUGAAGUUUCUUACAACGAUCUAAUUGGACAAGUCUAUUCAAUGGCGCCCUCUAACUAUAAUUUAUGCAGUAGUUUUUAAUUAGAAUACAU